UGGCCACCGGUGGUAGAGUACUGCGCAUGCUUGAGGCUAGAGCAGGGGGCGGGGUCACGUGAGUCUGGAGUCCUGGGCCGGAAUGGCUUCAAGCUCAGAGAUUCAAAUCAUUGCACUCUAAAGCCAAAAAGAAGACGAAUACUUGCUUGGAUUGGUUGAAUACAUUUAUAAAAAGUAAAUAUGGAAAAUGAACCAGACCAUGAGAAUGUGGAACAGAACCUUUGUGCCAAGACUACUGAAGAAGAAUUGAAUAAGUCUUUUAAUCUAGAAGCUUCACUUUCAAAAUUCUCUUACAUAGAUCUGGACAAGGAACUGGAAUUCAAAAAUGAUCUGAUUGAUGACAAGGAAUUUGAUAUUCCUCAAGUUGAUACUCCUCCAACACUGGAAAGCAUACUGAAUGAGACUGAUGAUGAAGAUGAGUCUUUUGUUCUUGAGGAUCCUACAUUGCUAAACAUUGAUACUAUUGAUUCUCAUUCCUAUGAUACUUCAUCUGUGGCAAGCUCAGAUAGUGGUGACAGGACCAACUUAAAAAGGAAAAAGAAAUUACCUGAUUCUUUUUCACUCCAUGGAUCAGUUAUGCGACAUUCACUUCUGAAGGGAAUUUCUGCCCAGAUAGUGUCUGCAGCUGACAAAGUAGAUGCUGGCUUGCCUACAGCAAUUGCAGUGUCCAGUUUGAUAGCCGUGGGUACAUCUCAUGGAUUGGCUUUAAUAUUUGAUCAGAAUCAAGCAUUGCGACUCUGCCUGGGUAACACAAGUGUUGGAGGUCAGUAUGGAGCCAUCUCUGCCCUCAGUAUCAAUAAUGACUGCUCAAGACUUCUUUGUGGCUUUGCUAAAGGACAGAUCACCAUGUGGGAUUUGGCGAGUGGAAAACUUCUCAGAUCAAUAACAGAUGCUCAUCCUCCAGGAACAGCAAUACUGCAUAUCAAGUUUACAGAUGAUCCAACUCUUGCCAUUUGCAACGACAGUGGUGGCUCUGUUUUUGAAUUGACGUUUAAGAGAGUAAUGGGAGUGAGAACUUGUGAAUCUCGAUGUCUGUUCAGUGGUUCCAAGGGUGAAGUUUGCUGUAUUGAGCCCCUGCAUUCUAAGCCUGAAUUGAAAGAUCAUCCCAUCACGCAGUUUUCAUUACUGGCCAUGGCAUCCUUAACAAAGAUUCUGGUCAUUGGAUUGAAACCAUCCUUGAAAGUAUGGAUGACAUUUCCCUAUGGACGGAUGGAUCCUUCUAGUGUUCCAUUGCUUGCCUGGCACUUUGUGGCUGUGCAUAAUUAUGUGAAUCCCAUGCUUGCUUUCUGCAGAGGAGAUGUUGUUCAUUUUCUACUGGUUAAGAGAGAUGAAUCUGGAGCCAUACAUGUGACUAAACAAAAGCACCUUCACCUAUACUACGACCUCAUCAACUUUACUUGGAUAAACUCUCGUACAGUUGUGCUCUUAGACAGUGUAGAGAAAUUGCAUGUGAUUGAUCGGCAGACACAAGAAGAACUGGAAACAGUGGAGAUCUCAGAAGUUCAAUUGGUAUAUAACAGCAGCCAUUUCAAGUCACUUGCCACUGGUGGAAAUGUCAGCCAGGCUUUGGCUUUGGUUGGAGAGAAGGCUUGUUAUCAAUCCAUCAGUAGUUACGGUGGUCAGAUAUUUUAUUUGGGGACAAAAUCUGUUUAUGUAAUGAUGCUGAGGAGCUGGAGAGAGAGAGUGGAUCAUCUCCUGAAACAAGAUUGUCUUACAGAAGCCUUGGCUCUUGCAUGGUCCUUCCAUGAAGGAAAAGCAAAAGCUGUAGUGGGAUUAUCAGGGGAUGCCAGUAAACGAAAGGCUGUCGUGGCAGAUCGGAUGGUAGAAAUCCUAUUCCACUAUGCAGAUAGAGCUCUGAAAAAGUGCCCAGACCAGGGGAAAAUCCAAGUGAUGGAGCAGCACUUUCAGGAUAUGGUACCUGUCAUAGUUGAUUACUGCCUUCUGCUGCAGCGAAAGGAUCUUUUAUUUAGCCAGAUGUAUGACAAAUUAAGUGAGAAUUCAGUGGCCAAAGGAGUGUUUCUGGAGUGCCUUGAACCAUAUAUUUUGAGUGAUAAAUUGGUGGGGAUCACACCCCAGGUUAUGAAAGACUUGAUUGUUCAUUUCCAAGAUAAAAAAUUAAUGGAAAAUGUGGAAUCCCUCAUUGUACAUAUGGAUAUCACCAGCCUAGAUAUUCAGCAGGUAGUUCUCAUGUGCUGGGAAAAUCGUCUAUAUGAUGCUAUGAUCUAUGUCUAUAACAGAGGCAUGAAUGAGUUUAUUAGUCCAAUGGAGAAGCUUUUCAGAGUCAUUGCUCCUCCUCUGAAUUCAGGAAAAACACUAACAGAUGAGCAAGUUGUUAUGGGCAACAAGCUUCUUGUAUAUAUUAGUUGUUGUCUGGCAGGUCGAGCCUAUCCCCUUGGUGAUAUCCCUGAAGAUCUUGUUCCCUUGGUUAAAAACCAGGUUUUCGAAUUUCUGAUUCGCCUACAUUCAGCAGAAGCAUCCCCUGAGGAAGAAAUCUAUCCUUAUGUUCGGACUUUGCUACAUUUUGACACAAGAGAAUUUCUAAAUGUAUUGGCACUGACUUUUGAAGAUUUUAAAAAUGACAAGCAAGCUGUGGAAUAUCAACAACGCAUUGUGGAUAUUUUGUUGAAAGUUAUGGUGGAGAAUUCAGAUUUUACUCCCUCACAAGUAGGGUGUCUCUUUACGUUCCUUGCUCGACAGCUUGCAAAACCUGACAAUACCUUGUUUGUGAACAGAACCCUCUUUGAUCAGGUGCUUGAAUUCCUCUGUAGUCCUGAUGAUGACUCCCGACACUCUGAAAGACAGCAGGUUCUUUUAGAAUUGCUGCAGGCUGGAGGUAUUGUUCAAUUUGAAGAGAGUCGGCUCAUCCGUAUGGCAGAAAAAGCUGAAUUCUAUCAAAUUUGUGAAUUUAUGUAUGAGCGAGAACACCAAUAUGACAAAAUUAUUGAUUGCUACUUGCGUGACCCACUGAGAGAGGAAGAAGUCUUUAAUUACAUUCACAACAUCUUAUCCAUUCCUGGCCACAGUGCCGAGGAGAAGCAGUCUGUGUGGAAGAAAGCAAUGGACCAUAUUGAGGAACUGGUAUCCCUGAAGCCCUGUAAAGCUGCUGAGUUGGUUGCUACCCACUUUUCUGGACAGAUUGAAGUAGUCAUUAAAAAACUUCAGAACCAGGUUUUACUUUUCAAAUUUUUGAGGAGUCUUCUUGACCCCAGGGAAGGUAUUCAUGUAAAUCAAGAAUUGCUACAAAUAUCUCCCUGUAUUACAGAGCAGUUUAUUGAGCUUUUGUGUCAGUUCAAUCCAAACCAAGUCAUAGAGACACUGCAAGUCCUUGAGUGCUACCGCCUAGAAGAAACUAUUCAGAUUACUCAAAAGUAUCAACUCCAUGAAGUCACUGCUUAUUUAUUGGAAAAGAAAGGAGAUAUUCAUGGUGCCUUUCUAAUAAUGCUGGAGAGACUACAAAGCAAACUGCAAGAGAUAACAACACAUCAAGGUGAAAAAAAUACCAGAGAACUUGCCUCACUGAAGGAUGUUGAAGAUACCAUGGUAGACACAAUUGCUCUUUGCCAGAGAAAUUCACAUAAUUUGAACCAGCAGCAACGAGAGGCACUCUGGUUUCCAUUAUUAGAGGCAAUGAUGGCCCCUCAGAAGCUGUCCAGUUCAACUGCCCCUCCUCUACACUCUGAAGCUCUGAAGUCUUUGACCAUGCAAGUUCUAAACAGCAUGGCAGCAUUUAUUGCGCUUCCAUCAAUCUUGCAAAGAAUAUUACAGGAUCCAGUAUAUGGAAAAGGAAAACUUGGAGAAAUCCAGGGUCUUAUUCUGGGAAUGUUAGAUACCUUUAACUAUGAACAAACCCUGCUUGAAACAACAACCAGCCUUCUAAACCAAGAUCUCCACUGGUCAUUGUGUAACCUGAGAGCUUCUGUCACUAGAGGAUUGAAUCCCAAACAGGAUUAUUGCUCUAUAUGUUUGCAACAGUAUAAGAGACGCCAAGAAAUGGCUGAUGAAAUUAUUGUCUUUAGCUGUGGCCAUUUGUAUCAUUCAUUCUGUCUACAAAACAAAGAAUGCACCAUCGAAAUUGAGGGCCAAACACGAUGGACGUGCUACAAAUGCAACUCAAGUAAACAAGUAGGAAAACCAAGUGAGAAUUCAUCUGAAAUUAAAAAGGGAAGGAUAACCCCAUCACAGGUAAAAAUGUCUCCAUCAUAUCAUCAAUCCAGAGGGGAUCCUGCUAAGAAGGCAACCUCAGAACCCGUUCUGGAUCCACAGCAAAUUCAGGCAUUUGAUCAGCUUUGCCAUCUGUACCGAGGGAGUUCCAGGCUGGCUCUUCUUACGGAACUCUCCCAGAAUCGCAACAGUGAGAGCUACAGGCCGUUCAGUGGCUCCCAGAGUGGACCAGCCUUCAACAGCAUCUUUCAGAAUGAGAACUUCCAGCUGCAGCUCAUUCCCCCACCUGUAACCGAGGACUGAAAUACCAUAGGUCCCAGCCCUGGAGCCCAGAGGCAGUCCCAGGCCAGUGGGGAGGGACCUGGCCUCUGGACACUCGCAAGCAGAGGUUCCUGGAGAGACCCCACCCAUGAGCCCAUUGUAGCCUCCCCAUACACAGUGUUUUCUUGGCUUUAGUCCACCAAACUGGCCGAUUUUGUUUUGCUUGGAAUGUCACAUACCUCCAUCCAGUUCAUUAGAAAGUACAUUUUGCUCAUUGGGACUUUCCCAUUUCCCAUAAAAUCUAAAGAGUCAGUGGAGUUCCAGAAGAUGGCAUUCCAGGUGGGUAGCAUGGGAGGCUUCAGCUGCUGGGAGCAGAGCUGUGUAACAGAAACAGCAGUGAAGAGAGCAGGGGCUUGGGGGCAAGGCACCCCUGUUGAUGUAGUUAUGUUAAAACCCAUGUGAGUGGGAGACGCCCUCUCUAACAAUAAAUGUGUCUGGCAGGCUGGCUGUCAGUCUGUUAACUCAUAGAGGAUGUUUAGAGCCACAGCUGAGUAGCUCUAAGGGGACACUGACUUUAGUCAGACAAACAGCUCCAUACAGAACCCAGCUAUCCAGGUGCUCCUAUGGCAGGGGCAGGACUGCUAAGGAGAGUGGGACCUGUACAGUUUUCAGUCCUGGAACUAUAUACCAUUGAAUCAGGAGCCACAGAAGAUCACUACCCAGAGACCUAAGCUCACACCUCAGAUGCUCAGACACCCUGACUCAUCAGUUCACUCAGGAAUGAUCUGGCUCUCAUGAUAGAUGCUAACCAAACCCACAGGAAGUAGAUGUAAAACUAGAUACAGAUAGUGAGUUUUAACAGAAAAUAGAUCCAUGCACAAUUGUGUUCCGGAAUGAAUCACAACUUCUUAAAGCCUCAGUUCCUUAUAGAGCAGAGCAGUUAUAAAGAUGAAAUGAGAUCACACAUGCAAGCAGUUAGUAUUGGGCAGGUACGUGGCACAUGCCAAGAACUGUCCGCCUAGCUUUCAUCAUGGACUCCUCCCAGAACAGCACAGGGUACUUACUGCCCCUGGAAGAGGGUAUGAAGAGGCACCACCUCCUAACAUCUGGAAGGAAGUGGUGGAGCAUUGAGUGACUGCCAUGGGUGUCCAUGGCAGCCAAAGGAGGUAUCUCAGGGAUGAUAGGUAAUUUAACAAAGAGGCACAGUGAAGAGGUGGCAGAGCAGGGAUUUGAACUCAGAACUGUGAUUCCAGCGAUGCUGCCUCCCCAGCGUAUGUAUCAGAAGGUCUCCCAGGAAGCCUAAAAUUGAUGCCGAGGAGCCUUGAGAUUUUUAACUAGAACUCAGUGGUUACCCUUCUUUUUCCUAUAGUCUGAAGAACUAAAGCAGAAGAGAUAUGCAAUAUGAAAAAAUGUAAAUUGUGAGAGCAAAACCCUAAAAUGUAUUUGGGAGAGAUGGAGUAAAAGUAGUUAUUUUAUGUAGUCAAGGUAAAAUAGUUACCAGCUUGAAAUAGUCUAUUUUACUAUGCUUCUUCUAAGCCUCAUGAUAACCACAAAGCAAAAUCCUAUAUAGUAGAUACACAAAAGAAUCAAAACACACUCCUAGAAAAAAAUCUCUCCCAUGUUCAUUGCAGCGUUAUUCAUAAUACCCUAGAUAUGGAAUUAACCUAAGUGUACCUUAGUGGAUGAACUGGUGAAGAAAAUAUGUUGUAUAUACACAUGGAACACUAUUCAGAUUUUUUUUUCUUUUUUGGGGGGUGGGGUACGAGGGAUUGAACCCAGGGAUGCUUAACCACUGAACCACAUCCCCAGCGCAUUGUUCUAUUUUAUUUAGAGACAGGGUCUCACUGAGUUGCUUAGUGCCUUUCUAAGUUGCCGGGGCUGGCUUUGAACUCAUGAUCCUCCUGCUUCAGUCUCCCAAGCUGCUUUGAUGACAGGUAUGUGCCACCAUAUGCAGCUACUAUUCAGCUUUUAAAAACAGGCAACCCUAUUAUUUACAGCAACAUGAGUGAACAUGGAGGAUAUUCAGUUAAGUGAAAUAAGCCAGGCACAAAAAGACAAAUGCUGCCCAACCUAACUUGUAUGAGGAAUAUGAACAAGUGGAACUCAUAGAAACAGAGUAAGAUGGUAGCAGCCAGAAGCUGGGGAAGGUGUGACAUAUUGGGGAGAUGUAAAAGGACACAAAAUUUUGAUUAGGAGGAAUAAGUUCAAGAAAUCUAUUGUACAUCAUGGUGAGCACUGUUUAUUAUACUGUUAUAUAUUUGAACAUUGCUGAGAGGAGAUUUUAAGUGUUCUUAGCAUAAGAAAAAGAUAAUAUGUGAGGUGAUAUAUUGAAUAGCUUGAUUUAGUUAUUCCCCAAUGUAUACACACAUCAAAGUAUCAUGGUACCCACCAUAAUUAUAAAUAAUUUUUACAUAUAAAUUUUAAAAAAGUUUUUAAAGGCAGUUUACUGCGUAUCAGAACCCUGUUCAAGUCAGAACCAGGAAAUACCAACAAAUUGUUCUUCCCCAGCCCCUUUCCUAUUUAAUCAGUCCCCAAGAGUUCCUUUACUUUUUGUCAUUCAAGCCAUAGCACAGUUGAAUAAAUUGCUACACCUUUGCAUUCAGGUCCUGCCUUCCUAAGAAUGUCCUCCACAUUGGGUCUGAAGAGCCCUUGUCUCAUCUAAGGGUGGACAAGAUGCUGGGCAGCUCUGGUACAGUCUCUGCCAUCCAAAAACCUGUUCUGUCACCUCUCAUGGCACUUAGCCCAUGUUUUACUCUGUGGUAACUUCAGGUCCCAAUUCAAAGCAGUUCCUUAGGGGCAAAGAUUUCUGGGAAAUAUCUUUAGAAUCACCAAACAGCUGGUUCUGCCGACACCACCAUGUUUUCUGCAGCGUGGGGUGUGCCCAGGGUGGCACAGCUGGCUUGAAGUCAGGCACCAGGCAGCUCCAGUCAGUGCCUCAUCCAGCCCCAUGCUGAGCCCUGGCUGUGUCUCUAGGACACAUGCUGCUCCUUGACUGUGACAGGUGAUAUGAAGGGGACUCCCAACUUCCAAGAGGGAAGCUACCAUUUGGGGAGGGCAGGUACCUGGUCUGAGCUUCUCCCAUACUGUCUGCGGGGCAAGAGGGUGUUGGUCCCCUGAAUGGGAUCGGAUCAGGGCACUAACGGGAUCGGGGGCGGACAUUCAAUUAGCCAGAACCAGCAGUGUCUGUCAUCGCUUUGUUCUCUGUAACCAGCAAAUAUUUGGAUGAUGUCUGUCACACCUGAAAACAGUUCCUCUCAGCUCUCACAGCCUCAGCCCGAUUCCCCUGAAUCCUUGGCCCCCUGGAUGCCCCCGUUACGAACUCAGUCAUCCCAGAGUCAGAUGCUGCUGGCUUCCCCGGACAAAAGUGUCCAACAACAGCCCCUUAACAUCACCUAGGGAGGUGUUCUGGUCAGCCUUUCACUGCUGUGACCAAAAGACCCAGCCAGACAGUAGCAGAGGAGGAAAAGUUUAUCUGGAAGCUCACAGUUUUAGAGAUCUCAGUCCACAGGCAGCUGGCUCCAUUCCUCGGGGCUCAGGGUGAGGCAGAACAUGGCAGGAGAGUGUGGCCCAGGGUGGCCACGUGAUGAAGAGGAAGCAGAGAGACUUACUCACCAUAUACAAAAUAUAUAGCCCGAAUCCAAGCCCCCAGUGAUCCACCUCCAGCCACGUCAACCGCCUUCAGUCACCACUCAGUUAAUCCCACAGGGGAUUAAUUCACGGAUUGGGUUAAGACUCUCAUAACGCAACCAUUUCUCCUCUGAAAUUCUUCCAUUGUCUCAUCAGCUUUUGGGGGACAGCACAUCUAAACCAUAACAGGAGGAACACUAAGCAGAAAGUGCCCCUAUUGCUCUGUCAACACUCAGUUUUACUUUUAUAAUUUAAAUGUUAUAAAAAGAUAGCUUGAAUUUCCCUCUGUGUCAGUUUUCCUUUGGGCACUUUCAGAAUCUGGACAGACCUUUCCUUAGUGGGGUAACUGUUACCAGGUGUGAUUCGCCGUGGCCUUGGUUUUCCAUCCUUCCUUUUACAUUUUAUUCAAAGGGAGCUUUUGUUUUUUAUAAAAACUCUGAGGACAUCAUUCCAAUGGGAGCAUCACUAACGCCCCAAGUAAACAAACUAGCCCAAGUUUCCGUGUGUGGUUUGAACGUGGUCCCUCUUAAGUUUCUGGUGUUGACCAUAUCAUUGCAGUGAUGUCAACUCUUGGGCAAGACUUAACUAAAUCUUGACUUAUUUAACUAGAUAAGUAUCUAGCCUGCCCAUUUAACAAGGUUACUACUGCUAGGCUCAACUAACACAAUGUCAAAGCCAUUUAAAAACUGAAAAGUUAGCGGCUGGGGCUGGGGUUCAGUGGUAGAGCGCUUGCCUAGCAUGCGAGGCCCUGGGUUCGAUCCUCAGCACCACAUAAAAAUAAAUAAAUAAAUAAAGGUAUUGUGUCCAACUACAACUAAAAAAUAAAUAUUGUUUUUUAAAAAAAGAAAAGUCAAAGGAACUGAACAGGCACCUCACAGAAGAAGAAAUAUGAAUGGUCAAAAAUAUGAAAAAAAUGUUCAACAUCUCUAGCAAUUAGAGAAAUGAAAAUUAUAACUACACUGAAAUUCCAUCUCACUCCAUUCGGAAUGGCAAUUAUCAAGAAGCAACAAUAAAUGUUGGCAAGGAUGUGGGGAAAAGGAUGCACUCAUAUAUUGCUGGUGGGACAGCAAGCAAACUGGUACAACCACUCUGGAAAGUAGGGAGAUUCCUUAGAAAACUUGGAAUGGGACCACCAUUUUACCCAGUGCUCAGCUUAUACCCAAAGGACUUAAAAUCAAUCAGUAUACAACAGUGACACAACCACAUCAACAUUUAUAGCAGCUCAAUUCACAAUAGCCAAGUUUUGGAACCAACCCUAGAUGCCCUUCAGCUGAGGAAUUGAUAAAGAAAAUGUGAUUGAUUGAUAUAUAUAUAUAUAUAUAUAUAUAUAUAUAUAUAUAUAUAUAUAUAUACACACACACACACACAUACAUACAUACAAUGGAAUAUUACUCCACCAUAAAGAAGAAUGAAAUUAUGGCAUUUGCUGGUAAAUGGAUGGAACUGGAGAAUAUCAUGCUAAGUGAAAAACAAAGGUCAAAUGUUCUCUCUGAUACGUGAAUGCUAACCCAUAACAAGGGAGGGUAGAGAGGGAAAGUGUAAAAGUUCAUUAGAUUAGACAAGGGGAAUGAAGGGAAGGGAGUGGGGGUUGGGAAUAGAAAAGAAGAGUGAAUUGGACAUAACUUCCCUAUGUUCAUACAUGAAUAUACAACCAGUGUAACUCCACAUCAUGUUACACUGUAAGAAUGGGAUCAAAAUGGUAAUGGGUUGCACCCCAUGUAUGUAUAAUAUGUCAAAGUACACCCUACUAUUAUGUAUAUCUCAAAACAACAAAUUAAAAAAUAAAUUGAAAAGUCUCAUGUAAAAGCAAGAUAUUAA